GCGGGGCUGUUGAUAUCAAUAUGGCGGUUGUCAUCCAGACAAAGACAGUCAGUCUGAUGUGAUUGAGACAAGGGAGGUUUUCAGGGGAAGACUGGGAGAUAGGGGCCUCCCCUCCCCCUUCUCCUCUUCCUGCGCCGGCCUCAAGCCCUCCCCAACCCCGCCCGUCGGGCGCCCCGCGCGGAAGACACCCCUCCCCCUCCUGCUUCCCUCCUCCCUACCUCAGCCCUUCGCACUGGGACGCUGGGGAGGGGGCUGUGCCGGGCGGAGAGAACUCAGCAAGGAUUCUGAGCCUUCAGAAAAUCUUCCUGGAGAGGGAUGUAUGGUUGCCACUUCUGUGCCUGUUUACAGACGUCCACUCUCCCUGGCCCUGGUUCAUCAAAGAAUGGUAAAAAACGUUGAUCAUCUCUGGAAAGGAUAUUGAUCCACCUCAUGUAAAGUAUGCUCAGUUCCUUUCCAGUGGUGAGCGGUUCUCACCUUGACCACCACAAUGGAGAUCAGAGAAGACUGGAAGACACUUAAGUUCACUCCAUAGUAGAGGGCACUGCUGGUGUUGGCAGUUUGCUGGAAACCAUGUCUCACUAUACAGAUGAACCCAGAUUUACCAUAGAACAGAUAGAUCUACUUCAGCGCCUUCGGCGUACUGGAAUGACUAAACAUGAAAUUCUUCAUGCCUUGGAAACUUUGGACCGUCUUGAUCAAGAGCAUAAUGACAAGUUUGGAAGAAGGUCCAGCUAUGGAGGAAAUUCAUAUGGGAAUAGUACCCACAAUGUUCCAGCGUCUUCCUCCACAGCUACAGCUUCUACACAGACCCAGCAUUCGGGAAUGUCCCCAUCACCGAGCAACAGUUACGAUACUUCCCCACAGCCUUGCACUACCAAUCAAAAUGGACGGGAGAACAACGAGCGAUUGUCCACAUCGAAUGGGAAGAUGUCACCAACUCGAUACCACGCAAAUAGCAUGGGUCAGAGGUCAUACAGUUUUGAAGCUUCAGAAGAGGACCUAGAUGUAGAUGAUAAAGUGGAAGAACUAAUGAGGAGGGACAGCAGUGUGAUAAAAGAGGAAAUCAAAGCCUUUCUUGCCAAUCGGAGGAUUUCCCAAGCAGUUGUUGCACAGGUAACAGGUAUCAGUCAGAGCCGGAUCUCUCAUUGGCUGUUGCAGCAAGGAUCAGACCUCAGUGAACAGAAGAAAAGAGCAUUUUACCGAUGGUAUCAACUUGAGAAGACAAACCCUGGGGCGACACUGAGUAUGCGACCAGCCCCCAUUCCAGUAGAGGACCCUGAGUGGAGACAAACACCGCCCCCUGUGUCUGCCACAUCCGGGACCUUCCGACUACGGCGAGGGAGUCGAUUUACCUGGAGAAAGGAGUGCCUGGCUGUUAUGGAAAGUUACUUCAAUGAGAAUCAAUACCCAGAUGAAGCAAAGCGAGAAGAAAUUGCAAAUGCUUGCAAUGCAGUUAUACAGAAGCCAGGCAAAAAACUAUCCGAUCUGGAACGAGUUACCUCCCUGAAAGUAUAUAAUUGGUUUGCUAAUAGACGGAAGGAGAUCAAGAGGAGAGCCAAUAUCGAAGCAGCAAUCCUGGAGAGUCAUGGGAUAGACGUACAGAGUCCGGGCGGCCAUUCCAACAGCGAUGAUGUCGAUGGGAAUGACUACUCUGAGCAGGAUACUUGGCAAGUACGCAAUGGGGAGGAGGAGGAGGGAAGAAGUUCAGAGGGAGGCAGAGAAGCAGAGAAGGAUGAUAGUACGAGCCAUAGUGACCACCAAGACCCCAUCUCGUUAGCUGUGGAAAUGGCAGCAGUCAACCAUACUAUCUUGGCAUUGGCCCGACAAGGAACCAACGAAAUCAAGACAGAGGCCCUGGAUGAUGACUGAUCAGGGAGGGUUAGACACAAGUUAACUUAGUUUAGACGUAGCACCUUAGCAGACUUUCCUUGGUCCUUAACAUGUGUUCUUACAGUAUAACUUGCAGUUUCUUGUAUGUCAGGUAGCCGUUAGGGUCUUGUUCUGUGAAGAUGGCAUGGUGCCCUCAGCCUUUGCAUAUACUCUCUCAGUAUUAAUUCCCAGUAAAUAAUAACCAACCAACCAACCAGACUUCCCUCUCCCAGCCCCCGAGGCUAGAAAAUCUUGCUGCUCCGUCUUAGCAUUCCAAGAAAGUGCUUCCAGGUAUUUAGGUAGCCCUCAGUUCUCAAGUAUUAGGCUAUGUGUAAAACCUUGGGUACCUUUAGAUACGUGUAACACUAGUCUGUACCCCUUUUCCUUCCCCAGACUGAUAGGAUGCAAGCUGAGGCAGUGGCACAGGAUUGACAGACACCACUUGGGGAGUAUCCAGAGCAAAAGGAACACUAGAACCCCACCUCAGCGUGAGACUCACUGAUUUCAGCUGCAAUAAGCCGUGCCUCAUAUAGUCACACUGUGGCUAGAUUACACUUCUUUGGGUGCUGUGCUAAGAAUGUCCAUGGAAACUCGAGCUCAGAUUUGGUUGGUGUUAACAUGCCUGACACAGACAUGCUUUCCUCUCACAAGCUGUGUGACCUAGUAGAUAAAAUACUGCCUUCUGCCUUUGGGACCAUGAUUCAAAACAAAACAAAAAAGACAAAAAAAAAAAAAAAAGUUACGAAAAAACAAAACCCAGCUUGAGAGCAUUGGAAAAAAGUAUGAGCUGAAUGUCUAACGGAUGCUAAGUCCAGUCCUCAGAACCACUGUACAUUCCGUGGCACAGUUAUCAGUGCCUGCCUGGAAAAGCCUUGGAGGUUGUCCUGGUGUCCCCUUUCCCUGCUACCAAAAAGUCUUUCAAGGAUGGAGCUAAGGUCAGAAAUGAGUAAAAGGACACAGUCUCUGUAUCCAUUAACAGAAGCCCCCUCAGUCUGAGUCGAUAGAGGACUUAGGGGAUUUUGCUGACUUGACUAUCACAGAUGCAAACACUUGCCUAAACGGGAGCAGAAAAAAGCAGGGGACAUUCACCACUUCCAUGGUGGGUGUGCGAGAUACAGCGGGAUGUGACUGCUUUGUUGUUCUCUUUACUCUGUCCUUGUAGAGGUGUGAGAAGCUAUAUUGCUACAGGCAAUUUAUUUAAUAAUUGGAAGCCAUAUUGAUAAUGGAUGUGGUAAUAUUUGUAAAGUCUAAUCUACUUUAUGCGGCAGUAACUAAUGGAAUUUUUUUCCUUGAUCACAUAUGUAGCACUUUUGUUACUUUUUAAAGAUAUUUAUAUUUGAUAAAUCUUUUUUUCAUUUUGAGAACUCAAAAUACCAAACAGUGAACUUGCGUUAUAAAGUCACCCUGUGAUCACCUUGUCAUCUAGUAGCAAAAUGAUGAACUAUUCAUGCAUCAAAGAAAAUUAUAUCUGCUGGCCUUGUAUGAAAAUGAUCUCCUGGUAUCCGAUUAAAUGACACACUGUAACUGUGGGUCAGAAAAAAACAGCCUUCAGCGUAGCGGUAGGGGUGGCAGAAGAGGCACAACAGCCGGGCACUUCCUGCCGGGUUCCAUCGCUCCUCUGUGUGUCUGAGGAAGCCUCGUUUAGGGGAAGGCUGGGCAGACUGUUACGCGAGACUUCUGUCUUUCUGUCCAUUACCUGAAACAGUCUGAGGUAGAAGGAAGAUGCCAUUUCCUCACACCCCCGCACCCUCACCAAAUGUGCUCAACCUAAUUUGAGAAAGGCUCACUGGCCUUCCGUGUUGCUCCCUUUCUCGUUGGGAUGUUGAAUAGCGGCCAGUUUUUAGUUGGUCUCUGCACUUAAGGCAGCACUGAUGUGAUCAUUCCCUUGGCUGUACAUUGUGCUUGUGGAUGUCUUUGUGAGGGCAUGAGUAUGCUACCUUCCUAUGUCUGUACUUAAGAGUUAAGGCGGGGCCUGGUCCUGCCCCGUCCGUGGAUUUCAGGGGGGAAAUGUACAUAUUUUCCCCAACUUCCAAGAGUUGAAGUGAAACAGAGCCGUCUUUUCUGUGUUACUGUAUUACUUGAACCAACAAAUUCAAGAGUAGCAUUUGUUAUUCUCAGGAAUGAGCCCCCUCCCACACACUCCUCCUACUCAUUCUCUGUUUAUUGUACUUUUUAUUUCAAUUGUGAGAGUUUCUUUCCUCUUAUUUUACUUAGAAGAAAUAUAUCUUUCCAUUUUGGUAGCAUUUUGUCUGCUUAUUCUCAGAUGAAUCAGAAAGAACACGGAGAGGGAAAAAACAUUCUCUGACAAACCACAUGCAUGAUUUAUUGUCAGGAGAUUAUUAUAAUUGAUAGCUUCUUUAGGAUGGGAUUCCUAGUGUCAUUUGUUUGGUAGUCUUUUUAAAGGAGCAGACCCAAACUGCUAAGACAGCUGCAGUUUGUAAAGAAAUCCAGUGAUUGCCACAGAAAAGCUAAAAUGUUUUGCUGUUUUAAGACCUUUGAGGAUGAAAAAGCACCAGAGAGUAAGGAGGAGUUGGCGUCUGUGCAGGCAGCGCCGGCCGGGCUGGCAGUGUAACCCCUCGGGGCACUGCUGCCCAGGCACAACAUGCGGUGCUGAGCCGGUGGGGAUGGAGGGAGGACAUCUGCCCACAGCUCUGGGGACUAGCAGAGACCGCCAGCUGCUCUUUGCUUUUUCACCAGGUGUGAGAAUGAACAUCUUCGGGGUCAAGAUUUAACACUUCUUUUGGUUUUCUAUUUGUCAUCACCAGGUUUGGCUCCCCUCUGUCUUGCCCGGACCACCUUAGUUUUUAUAAUGGUGAAUACAGCCUGCCACUGUUUGGUUUCUAGUAUUUCAGAUGGGAAGAUUUUCCUUGAGCCUUUUCAGGUUUUAGGUGUGGUAUUAAAAUAGAAAUCCUCGAAAUGCUCCAUCACUGAAGAGAAAAGCCAGACUCUUAAAAAUCACAUCCCGUGCUUCUUGGUGGCUCUGAACCUGCUCUCGCCUCUUUCUGUGCUUCAGGUCCCAGAGGACUCUUGGAGUUUUGUUCCUUUCUAGUCAAGGAAGGUUCUUUAAAGUGUGGGGUCUAUUCGUGUAAUUCAUCUGUUAUUGUUAUUUAAAGAUACUGUAAUUGAAUUACUGUGAUCAGAUGUGCAAGCCUCCCACCCACCCCCCUCACAAAGGUACCCAUCCAAGGCAGUUUCCACCCGUGGGCGGGAGCAGGCGGGCAGUGCAGCAGGGUGGCUGACACCAUCGAGUGCCGCUCAGUACUGUGCAGACAUUUUGCUUCGUUUCAGCAGACCUGGCAGUGCUGGAGUAUCCCAUCAGACACAUUUCCUCUCAAUCUCAGUUCUCUGAGUGGCCCUUCACAGGAAGAGGGAAUCUGAGAGCCUGAGAGCCCCUUCUAAGGUACCUUUCACCCCAGCUGCACAGAGGUGAGGAAGAAGCUCGUUCACACUGAAGCAUGCAAACCCGGUACUCCAGCUUGUGGAAGACUUCUGAUUCAGUGGGACCUGUGUAGUCCCAAUGUCUGGAUAGAUUCUUACCUCAAAGGGGAUAAAUUAUGAAGAAUUUAUUGACACAGUUGUUUCAGCUCUCCUGCUUUGGCCUUCAUCUUCAGGAACUCCUGUGAGAAACUUGCCUCCUGGAUACGCAGCGUUAGGCAUCAAAUAUAAUAGACGCAAUCAGCAGUCUCCUGUCACUUCCUCUUCAUCUCUGAACAGUUUCUCUUUGUUCUCUCUGUGCUGCACCACCAUGUCCUGGUCUUGAGUUGGCCUUGCUGGAGUGUCUUCUGGCAGCAGCAGGGGUACUGCUCAGUAGCGCCCUCUUCAGCAGUCUGAGGACACAGCAUAUGGAGCCCAGCUCCAUAUGCAGCUGAGCCUCCACCUCAUCUCUGCCCACAGCUGUGGGAAUCAACCCUUCUGCACAACUGAUCGCCACCCUGCCCUAGGAAUGUGAGCUUCAAGUCCUCACCCUCUUUCUGGUCUUUAGAAGGAUUUAGGUAGAAGAGUCUUCCCAUUUAACUUGCUCUGCCUUUUAAAAAUGCUUUUAUCUUUUGUUCAGAGAACAACCAGAGUAUUUUUUCCCUGUGAGUCUCAACAGAUUCGUAGGCAAUAACUUUUCUUGUGGUUGAUGAUCUUGUGCUCAGCGGCACUCUGUCUACAUUGAAUAGUCCUGACUUCCUCUGCUGUGCGUUGGUUUCUGUGUUAAUCUGGUGAUUUAAAUCUUGGGCCAGAGUGCUGAUGGAUUGUGUCAUUUUGUUGUGAUUAUCAGUAAUGUUUUACUACUGUGUUCCUUGCGGCUGGGUCAAGACCAGCCAAAUCCAUGUAUAGCUUUACUGAGCCGGAUUUAUUUGUCAAGAUUUCCCAGGUGAGAGUUGGGCUCACUGAGCAGCUCUGCUGGUGGGUGGAGGGGUGGCGGGGGGUGCACUGGGCAGGGCCAUGUUACAGCAUUCCUUUGUGUGUGUGCUCCUUAAAUAGCGAGAUGCUGACUCAGGACUUGGGGAUCACCUUCGGCUGUGUUGAGCUCGGCGAGCUGAGCUGUGUGCCCUGAAACCCUCCCACUGUCUCUUGGUUUCCGAAGUGUCCGGCCUGCUUCACCCAGAACCGCUGAGUGGUCUGUGGGAAGCGCCCUCCUGAGAGCAGGAGGCCUUCCCGGAGACAGCGUGGAGCGUGGCCCCUUCGCAUGCUGUCGUGCAGGUGCCUUCCUUACACACUCUUGGCCCCAGAGAUGCCUCCCUGCAUCUUUGAAGCCUACUACAGACUCCUUACCGUUCCGAGAACCCAGACACACAGGGGAAAGGCUCUUGAGAUCGGUGCGCCGAAACGGUUGCCGACGACAGAAAUUCCUCCCCCUGUGCAGCGGGUGCUGUCCACAGGCCGCUCCGGUGCCCUUCCUUUACGAUCUGUAAGCAAGAAGCGCCUGCUCUUGGUCCCACAGACCACACUGCUGUUAGGUCUGACUCUUAAGUGCAGCUUUGGUCUUCACACCCUCCAGCGCCGGAAGUUUGUGAAUGGAGACGUUUCUGUAUCGCCUUCAUUAGUCUUGGUGGGGAUGAGAAAUAGCGAAAAGAAAGCUAAGCCCAAGAAACCCAGUCUCCUGUUGCACUGCGUCUCUUUUGUAGUCGGGAAAGGAAGGGAUAUAGGAGAGAAGGGUGAGGGAAGAUGGGCGGCUCCCGGUUCCCGUCUUGCCAGCAGAUGCCUUGGGGCCGCAGGUGUGCGUCGCCCCUUUUCAUUGCUGACAUUUUGGUACAGCUAACUCCAGUGGAGGCCGUUGAAGUGAAACCUGCCUGGCGCUUUCCGGCACUGGACAGUGUACCGGGGACACUUCAGGACCUGUCCUCUGCUGCCGUCCCCUCUGUGUGCCGGGUUUGCCCUGUCUGUCCGUCCUUGUGUCCGUCCUGACUGUGGUCCCUUGCUCAGUGUGUGCCCCUCCUCGCGGUGUGGGGCAGCGGGCAGCAGGUGGCGCGUGUGCGUGCACGUGCCGCCCUGCGCCUGAGAAAUCAGGGAGGCCGGCUCCCCCGACUCCAUUUUCGUUUUCUCUCCUUUAAAUAAGACUGGCUGUGUACAGCCAUAAUUAACUCACAAAUUCACAUUGGUGUGCUGCGAUCAAAGGGAGGUUUGGCUGAAUCUUUUCAAAUUGUAACCAUGGUAAUUGAGGGGGGUGGCACAGAAUGAAUAUAUAAAAAUAUAAUGGCAAUUGUUCUGAAUGACUGAGUGUCCUCCUGACAUGUAAUUAGCUGUUUUAGCAGGAUGUAGAUUGGCAUGGUCAUAAUUAAGAGGAUUUCUGUCCUUUAUGUGAUUGAAAAUAGCAGAGCUCCCAUCCCUUGUUCCCUUUUAGCACUAAUGCUCCCAAGAACAUUUGGAACGGCAACUCGGUAAACUAAAAUAAUGACAUAGUAUUCAUGUUCUCUCAAAGUGAAGAGAAGGAUUUGGAGUUAUUUCAGCCCCAAAAUGGAAGCCGUGAUUAUUGCUCUCCGUGUGACUUCUGAGUUCUCUGAAGCCGCUCUCAUCCACUUGGCUGUUCCACCUUGGGCAGAGUCCCAGGCCAAGGCAGCCUGCGCCAAGGCCCGGCCCCUGCCCUCCGCGCGGGCCUGCGGGGCCGCGUCUGCUCCCCCACGCACCUCGGGCUUUCAGAGUUCUCCCGGGCCCCUCAGCGUCUCCCCUGCCGUCCCCUUCACCAAGUGGCAGUUCGCGGGAGCUGCGCCGCGUCUUCCUCACUGGAUCUAAGCUCCAGAGCAGACGGCCUGACAAGGACACAGGCUGUGACCUCCCCCGGGCCUGGCGGGGGCGCAGAGCUGCUCUGUGCUGCGGUCAAGGCCCGUGAGAGUGUGCCCGGCCUUCCUCACACCACUCUUGCCGGCCAGGUGCCACCCUCCCUGCGUCAGCUCCCUCUGCAGUUGUGCUCGCAGCGUGCUGUGUCCGGGUGCUCACGAGUCCUCUUCUCGUUCCCUGUCCUCCCUACAUGUCCUCAAACCUGCACAGUCCCCCGGUCAUGGCCCCCCUUGUCAUCCUGAGGUGCCCUUGGGCAGCACCCCUUCUUCGCUCGCCAGCCUUUCUCUAGCAUACGGUGGUGCCGUUUUCUUCCCCCAUCACUCGCAGGAGCCUUCAUCCAGGUGCGCGUGGCGGCACCAACAGCACCAAGGCGCCUUCACCACUUCCUGCCACCUGCUUCCUGCCCUUCCCCGGCUGCUCAUUCAGGCCUGGCCAGCAGCCACUGAGGAAAGUACAGCUCUGGCUUUUGUUCUUACUUUGCUGCUUGCCCUGGUACAGGUCUUGCCCUUCCACAUCCACAGGAACCCUGGGCUGCCGGAAGCGCGGGUUACAGUUCUAUCUGCUGAGAGGCUGCUUGUUUAGAAGUGUCCUCCUCCUCUUCCUCCUCCUCCUCCUCCUUUUCCUCCACUCGGCGCUCAGGAGACUGUUUCGGGCCUUGGCUUCCUUUUGCUGUGUUCCUCCCCACAGGCCUGUAGUGGAAUAGUAGGCUCGCUGGUUUAGAGACAGAUCCUGUGUCCACGCAGGGCUCCUCUCCUAAAGGCCACUUACCAGGUAGAGACCAAGAACUGAGCACAUGCGCUAACUUGGUGACCGUGGGGCGUUCUCUAAAGAAGCCAGCAGACGUUCCCUGGUCUGCUCACAUCCAGAGGAUGCAGGAUCCGUGCUGCAGUCGGAACCCCUAACGAGAGUGCCAUCUCGGGAUGUGCUGCCACUGAGAGGAGGUGGAGACACUGCCCUCCCCGUGUCCCCAGGGGCACUGUGACCCAAACUUCCUGCGCCCAGUUUUCUUUACCAGCAGCGGCCCUGUCCCACCAUGGAAAAACCACCUGACCAGAAUCAAUGACAACAUACGUUGUGCUCACCAUGAAAUACUUAGUUUUGGGGAGAAAACACCAGAAGCCAAUUGUACUUGUAAGACUGUCUGAAGACGCUGCCAUUCUAAAUCAGUUUUGGGAGACAGGCGAGCAGCCGUCCCCGGCAGUGCCACUGUAGCCACAGCAGGCCGUGGCCACCAGUGCCUGUUCACCCUCCGAGGGGAGCUGGAAGAGGACAGACCCCACCACCUUGCAUCCUCCACGGACCACCUUGAGUCUUCCUACUUGGCCAGCGAGGUGUGAAAUGUGGGGACAUAAGCCCCUGGCUGUGUUGGAGCAUGAGGGAACCGCAGGUGGUGGUCACCCGUGUGGGGCCAAAGGGACGACUGUCCCCUGCACUCCACGCUCGUAGCCCAGUAGUACAGUGAGAAGCAGGGCGCAGUUGCUGUCGCCUUAGGCACCCUGCUUGUGUUCGGAGUGUGCUGCUGUGCCUUCCACUCCUCUUGCUGUUCCCUCCACAGUAGUGACGAUGGCCGGGUGGGAUACUGUGGGAACAGGUCGACGCCCCGGUGCUGUCAGUGUCUGCCCUGUCAUAGCUGGGUCUGCUCAUCGCAAGCCUCACCUGGUCCACGGGAGCAGCUGCGUGGCCGCGAGUCCAGGUUUCAGUCCAGCCUAGGGCCUUCUCGUAUCCAAAGUCCAGGAUGGAACAGGCUGCCCAGCCCUGGGCCAUUUGGAGGCUCAGUGACUUACUGGUCAGGGACACUGGACAAGGGACUUAGGCUCUGAGCUUCCCUGAAGAUUCUCUGAAAAUUCUAUCCCUCCCUCCUACCUCUUCCUCUUACUGUAAAAAUAAGAGUUGCUUCUGUUCUGUCUCCCUCCCCUAUCUUGAUAGGCAUCCUUAAAGUACAAGAGAAACAGCCACAGCUUUGGAGCUGUCCCCAUGAGGGAACCCCCUGGGUGGUAAGUUGGGGUCGAAGACUCAUUGGGACAUAGCUGGCUAGUGAGGUUUUUGUGACCAAGCCCUCACUCGGGGGCCCCUGACACCCUCGUCCGGAGGGGAGCACGUACCGUGCCUUUCCUGCCGGCGCUGACCAGGACUCUGCUCUCUACACCCUUGGCUGCCAGGAGACCCAGAGUGGGGCGCAGCCUGCGGGCCCACGGCAGAGACAGUUUUCGGGACUUGAGUUCAGCAUGCGGCCUCCCUUAUGUCGGCGUCUUCCCAGUGCUUCCGGGCUGAGUCUGAACUUCAGUCCUGCUGUUUGGUGUUUGGCUUCUUUUGAGCACAGAAAGCGUCCCCAUUUUUGCUUUACUGGAAGUAAGAGCCCAGCAUAAACGUGAGGGUCACUUUGCACUGCGCCAUUCACUGCAGCUAUUAAGCUGGAAAACAAAACAAGCGUUAAUGUUCUUAAUGUAAACAGCUUCCCCAGCUCCCGCGGGUGUUGCAGCCGCCAGGGCAUCGGGCAGCCCACAGCAGAGUGGGUGGAGAGGAGAGCUCGAUGCGGGCUUCCAGGAAGCGUCCUCCUUCCGGUUGGCCUUGGCGCCCAUGCCCUUGUGUGGGAAUCGGUGACCCCUGCCUCUCGCAUCUCUAAACAUGGGCACCAGGGAAACAAAACCACAGCGGGUGGGGCGGGUGCACGCCUUCCACGCGCCUGAGUGCUGGCGAGGCUUCUUCACAUCUGGUUUUGCCAAACCCCGCUCUGAAGGCCCUGCUUUCCCCAGUCAUUUCCUCGAGUUGAGCAUGCGACAGCACGUGGGCGUCACCUGCGCCUCCUGCAGCCCUGUGCAUACCUUCAGGGUCCCAGCCUGCCGCCUCAGUGGCCCCUUAUCCAUCUUGGCCACCACUGGCAUCUGACGCCCACCCUGGCCAGCAGUGGGACACCCCCUGAUGGAAGAUGCUGAGACCGAGGCAGUCACUUCCCCUGGUGGAGCCUGCAGCCUGCUCCGAUCGCCUGCGCCCGCCUGUCCUCCCCCGCUGUGGUCACGCAGAGAGCAGCACCUUCCCAGGAUGACUCUUGUUUAUGUUUAAGUGCCUAAGCAAGUUGCAGACCUCUGGAUCCUGCCAGUUAGCCUGCCCCGCCGUGCCCUCCCCCCUCCCCCUGCCUGGCCCUGGGGUAGGCUUGGGCUCCCCCCAGUAUCCCUGCCGUUCUGCAGGCGGAGCGGCCCCAGCCCAGGAGUUGGGGGAGCUCUUCAGCGUGUCAGGUGGCUCCGUCACUGCUCCCAGCUCUUCUGUUGUUGGUCUUGGUUCAUAGCUUUGAGGAGCCCGCUUAGCAGGGGCUCGGUGGCUGCCAUGAAGGCAGGAGACAGGACCACUCAAACCAAAAGCCUGUCUCCUAGCGGUGGCGACGCGCCCAGACACGGCAGAGCAUGACUUGCCCAGCUGUGCCCCGGGGGACAGGGUGCCUGCUCGCAGCCGCCAUCAGGAGGUGUUCGCCAGAUCCUCGUGCAUCGCCGCAGAUGAGUGAGGGGGUUUGCUUUUUAAGGUCAUGUAGGUCUGACCUAGGUUUGGGGCCUUCGUUACACGGUGAGCACAGGACAGAUGACGCUGCACUUGUUCAGAUCCCACCGCCAGCAGCACGCAGAUGAUUUGUGGGUGUGUUAAAAGGUUUUGCAAAUGGAACAAUCCAUACCCAGGCACUUUAUUUUCGUUAAUAACCCAGCAUUUUUGUUCAGACAAUGAGUAACCCAACGUUGGCCUGUGACACGCGUGGGCGAGUGCAUUCUGCCUCGGAGAGAGCAGGGCAGCGGGGGAGAAGGUGGCAACACGGAGAGGAGAGCGCCCCUGUGGCCAGGGCCCGCCUGUCCCCGUGCGACUGAGCAGGGAAGAAUGUAGCUGAGGCCCUGGGCUAGGGAGGACGCAGAGGCGGCGGAGGGCCUGGCCGCUUGUCCCUUCCCUGGACUCACUGCAGCCAGGGCAGGGCGCUGAGCAACGGUUCCGUCUCGUGCCGUGUGCGCUUGUCCCGUGUGUGCAGGGCUGGGCGUGGGCUGGCGCAGAGGACACGCCAAGCCGUGGGCGCCGGCCUGCGUCGGCUUCUCAAGGCUGCGUGCGCUCAGCAUCCGCGAACAGCCCAGUGUCCGAGAGCGGCCGCGCACGCCCGCCGUGGCUGCUGUGUCUGUCUCGGUGUUUCCCGCCGGCGUCUCCUCUGGUCUCCGGCCCCAUCGCGCACCACGUGUCCCUGAGGGCGUCACACCUGUGUCUGAGUCUGCUGUAAGGUGUUCAGUCUACCUCAAGGGUCACCACGGUAAGCUCUGUCACGGAACCCUCCCUCCGCGCCACACACUGGAAUGUAGCCCGCCCGCCACCCGUCUCCUGUAAUCACCACAAAUCCUAGUGCAAAUUGGAUGCUGCUUUAAAUGUGAAAACAAUUGUUCAAAAGCUAUAAAACCUGAAUGAAAGCUAAAGCUGAAUUUAUAAGCCUUGUUGCAUAUGAGCCAAAAGUGCAAAAAGCUCUAUAUAAUGAACUAACCUGCCACUCGUAUAAAUAUAAAUAUAUAUAAAUAUAUUAAAAUCAGACUGUUCUACAAAAUUGUGUAUUUGUAUUUUUGUGUACGUACAAUUUUCUGCUAAGCAGAAGGAGGAUGUAGUAUAGGAUGCUGUGAGAAGAGAUUUGGUUUACUCCUAUUUCUUUGUUACUUAUUUUUGUUAACAUCAGAUGCCUGUCUUCGUCUUCUGUGUAUGACACUGUUUGGAAAGCUGCAGUAUCUCUCUUCCUUAGGGCCGGAGUCCAGAGAGAACCACGUCUGGGCCUUAGAGAUCUGUCUCGGCCGCUCGGCACAGAGGGAGCGGGGCGCAGCGCCUCACCGCGGAGCCACACCCGCGCGGUCCCGAGGUGGCACAGAGGGAGGGACGUGACUCUCGAGGGCCGGGCGGGCUCGGGGCCUGCUGCCUGUAGACAUCAACUUGCCCUUACACGAGCCCUGGCUCCCUCCAGGAAGGCUCUGCUCGGCGUCCGUGAGGAGGGCCACGGGCUGGCCCCAAACAGGACAGGGCCGCUCACCUCCCUUGGCAGCAGCAGGUGGCUCCAGCUGGCACAGCGCCCCGCUCCAGGUCCUCGCUGCCUUUCUCCGAUCAGGUGGCCCCACGCCGCCUGCUGCUCCGCAGCCAGACCCCAGCCUGGUCCCAGAGCAUUACCAAACCCACUCUGCCGGUGCUAAAUGCGAGAGGGGGGCAGUGGCUGCGAGGCCCGCCCGGGACCCCCAGCCGGGGCCGGGCACCGUGCCCUCGCGGAAGCUGCCCUAGGGAGAGUGAUACUGCAGCUUCGCCCGUAGGACUCGGACUCCACAGUGUGUGAUGACUGUAGCGGGAAGCGCUUGUUUCUGGGUGGCAGCGAUCAGAGAAACAAGUGCUCUAUUGUAUUGAUUAAAAUAGUUCCAAUGAGUCCUGUAUCAUUGUAUCUCCUAUUCUGGAUUAGUGCCUUUUGGACAGUAGACUGUUCUGUAAUUAAAAUGUAGUAUACUGCUUUUUUGUACAGUUUUGUUUUAAUAAAACUUUUUUUUAAUUUGUGUUUAUUUUAGUAUUGUACCUACUAGAGAAUAAAAUGUAUAACUGAA